AGAGAGAGAGAGAGAGAGAGAGAGAGAGAGAGAGAGAGAGAGAGACACAAGGGCGCACACACGCGGCAUUAUACACACAUGUUCACACGACGUAUCUGAGUGAAAACGUGUGACUAUUUACCCACUGUUUACGAUACCCCCUGUCCGCUGGACAGAAUAUUUUUAUCAGAGGGCCAAUCUCUCGUCAUCGUUAUCGUCGUCAUCGUCACCGGCGUGGAGCUCAAGAUACAGACUGCGUGCACGUAAUCGAACACAGUGUCGUGGGGGCAAAAGUGGAGGGUGGUGUGUUUACUGUGGUGACGGCGAGGGUAUUAUCUUGACAGAACCGAAACUGGUCAGGUCAGUAAUACGGGAUGCGACUAAAGCCCUGCCUCGCAACUUUUUAUUUCCUGUUGCUUUCGAUCGUCUCGACCUAUAUAUCUCCUGCACUCGGUUCUGAUAUACUUCGUUACAAGCGCUCGAGACAUCGUUACUUUACUGCAACAGAUGACGAUGGCGUGUCGUCCAGCACAGGGGAAGCCCUGUCCACAACGUCGGCUUCGAUAGAUGAUGCAUCCGUAGACUCGGGGAACUGGCACGCCCGCGAGAAUGGCAAUCCGUGCUUGGAGAAGUAUUGCGGCGCGGGCAAAGAGUGCCAGGUUACGACGGACGGCGGGACCGUUGAGGCCGUGUGCGUUUGCGUUCGGAGAUGCGCGCGGAAGCAUCGACCGGUCUGUGCCAGCAACGGCAGGGUGUACGCCAAUCACUGCGAGCUGCAUCGCACGGCGUGCAACACCGGCACGUCGUUGACCACGCGGCGGCUUUCCAGAUGUCUGAGCAAUGGUAAUUACAGCGCGCAAGCACGGAAGGAUUUCUUCGCGUACCAUACCCCGUCCAAAGGCAAAAACAUCUUAUACGCCAAGUCCAGAAAUAAGAUGAAGCAUCAUCCAGCGAGCAAAUCGAUCCCGCAGAAAGACGGCUACGGCACGGACGAGUGUUGCGCGCAGGAAUACGAAAUUAUGAAAGACAACUUGCUUCUCUACAGUCACGCCAGAUUAAUGGCCGAGGACAAUCACAGCAAAGAGUACUUGGUCAGCAUCAUGUUUUCUCACUAUGACAGAAACAAUGACGGCAAUUUGGAGCGGGAAGAGCUCGAGCAGAUCGCCGAGGAAGAAAGUAUGGAGGAACUGAGCGCAGGAUGUAAUUUGAGCCACAUGAUUAGUUACGACGACACCGACGGUGACGGCAGAUUAAACGUUAACGAGUUUUACAUGGCCUUCAGCAAGCUUUAUAGUGUGUCGGUGGUAUCGCUGGAUAAAUCCCUCGAAGUAAAUCACAUAUCCGCGCGAAUCGGGGACAACGUGGAGAUUAAGUGUGACGUUACCGGAACACCACCUCCACCCUUGGUCUGGCGGCGCUACGGCACCGACGUGGAGACGCUGAGCGAGCCGGAGAUUCGCGUUUUCAACGACGGUAGUUUGUACCUGACGAAUGUGCAAUUGGAACACGCCGGCAAUUACACGUGCCACGCUCUCAGUAACCAGGAUGUGGUGCAGACUCACAUGCUUACCGUAUACACGAUACCCGAGGUCCAGGUGACACCGCAAUUUCAGUCCAAGCGGCCGAAGAGGACAGCGAAGAUGAGGUGCCACGUAGUGGGCGAGCCUCUUCCACGGGUACGAUGGUUGAAGAAUGAUAAACCCCUGAGCGAUGAUCCGCCGGACAAGUACGAGGUGGUAGGAAACGGCACCAAGCUGUUCAUCAAAAAGGUCGAUUACGCUGACACCGGGGCCUACAUGUGCGAAGCGACCAGCGCUGGUGGACUAACGAGGGACAUCAGCAGCUUAGUGAUCCAGGAACAACCUACGCCGAUCGCAACAGAAGAGGAGCGCAGAUUUUUCUCCUUCCACGAAUGGGGUAUCUUGGUGUACGAACCCUCCACUUGUCACGCGCUACAUGAGAUUCGAUCCACGGACAUCAUACCUGGUACCCAGGAAUACGUCUGUGGGCCGAGAAAUGUCCCGUGUUCUUGGGGACGUGCUAUAAACAUCGCCAAUCGAUACGUGUACGUCAGUCAACCGGAUAAAGAUCGCGUGCUCGUAAUCAGCGAAGUACAGAUGAUGAUAAUUGAUGUGGUGGUCACGGAUAAGAAUCCCGUGGACCUGUGGUACGUGCAGAAUCUCGACUACGUCUGGAUAUUAAACUGGAGGAGCGAGAUGGACGUCGGUAUCAAGACUAUACAGGUGAUCAAGGAAGCUGCUCAACGAAAAAAACACCAUACUGUGCGACCGGAGCCUAUCGAUGCGCAAUUCGAUCUUGUGAAGGGCCUAUACAUUCCGCAGCAACGUUUUGUUAUUCCGCAGGAUACAAAACAUACAUUCAAGUAUGGUUACGUGACCCACACGAACCAACAUGGAAUGUACAAACUCGACCUAGCCAAUAUGAGAUACACCCGCACCGUCAACUUGGCCGAAUACAAUUGUGUACCAGCGAGCGUAGAAUUUUCCGAUCUAUAUGGCUUCAUGAUAUUAGAAUGCGAGGAACCUAUUACUGCACACCCGACCGGUCAAAUGUUGUUAGAUUACCUCACUGACAGUGUUCUCGCUCAUAAACCGAACAUCUUGGGAAAGCCAGCGGUCUCUCCGGAUUCCAGAUACCUGGUUACUCUUGACAAGCAGGACACUGGUGUCACCCUCGUGGUGCAAGAGAUAUUACCGGAUGGAUUAAAAUUCGCAUUCGACGUGAAAACAACGUUAAAUAUCAGCGAUAUCGCUUUCUAUCCGUCGCAGACAACGCAUAGUUACGAUAUAUACGCUUCGUCGAUAGAUAAAGAAGACAUCCUCUUCUUGGAUUUAACCACUGGCAAAGUGGAAAUGAUAACGGGCGUGGGAAAGGCAACACCACCACACCUCACCAAGUGGGGCAACCCAAAUAGACCGAUAAUACAAAGCGGUAUAUUCGGUCGAUACAUGGUAAGCCCCUCCAACCAGGCACUCUUUGUUCUUAACGGGGAAACCCGUACGGUGAAUUGCGAGAUUGGUGGCCUUAUACAUCCCGGCGCGAUUGUCUGGUUCACAGUUUCGCUACGUUAAUGAACGUAGCCGCGCGACGACGACAAUACAAGACGUACGUAUAAUAAAUUGAUCAUAUAUAGUUACGUGAAUACCCCCCAAUCGAGAAAUUUUAGGCGAAAUUAAAGGUACGUGGGCGCGCUCGAACGUCAUGAAUGCCUUUGUCUUCUCUAGAUAGUUAUUUUUAGGAUCCUCGUUUCAUGAUUUAAGAAGAGACUUCUCAUAAUUUAAGAAAAAAAUGCCAACACCAUCUCAAACAACAAAUGUAGUGAUAAGGAUGUUGAUGAAAGGUAUGUAGCAUGUUUCAUCUGUCGAAAGUCAACGAUUAGUAGCAUAUUCUUCGAAAAUCUGCUAUUAAAACAAUGCGAGAAGUAAUUUUUAAUAACAUUGCAUUUAGAAUUAUGUCAAUAUCGAUGAAAUGAUGAUGAGGUUUCAUAAAAUUUGCACUAUUGUGCAAUGUGCUGAAUAUUUAAACACGCGAAUCUGGAGCAAUUUAAUUGGAUUUAAUUUUCAAACGUUUCUCGCAUAAAAAUUAUCGUAUUCUCGAUAUUUUAAUAUUAGAAUUUUUAUUUUAAAAUGUUUUUGGAAUAUUGUAAUUAGCAGAUAGUUUAGGAAGUCUAAAGUGCCCUGUUAUACUGUAUAAUUAUAGCAUAUCCGAUUAAUUAAUCAUACUAUAUCUAUAUUUGCAUUGUCAAUUUGUACUAAAUUAAUUAGUAUUUAUUAUAAUUAUUAUGGUAAUAAUACAUUCACUCUGUAAAUGUUUAUUUAUGAAAGCGAAGACAUUUAUUAGAUUGAGCGCGCAACAAACGAGGAAAGAAAAAAGAAAAACAUAAAAAAAGAGUAAACGUAACGAAGAAAUGGCCAUAAUAAAGAAGUGAAAACAAUAUAUAAUACAUUACUAUAUACGUAAAUAUGGAAAUGUUAACAAGUUAUUAUUAUUAAAUGUAUGACGAGAUGGGUAGAUAUAUCAGCGAAUGACUGGUUCAAAGAUCAUAUCGGAUAACUCUUAACUUCUUUUCUAAAUAAAAAAAAUCUUGUAUAACUACUUUUUGGAAUAACAAAAGUAUAUGGAAUGAAUCUAGACCUUAAAACAGGAUAACACAUCAUUCGUUGACACAUCUACUGUAACGAUACUACUAUUGAAUUCGGUUGGAUGUACUAAUAUACAUAUAUACAUAUAUAUA